AUGAAUAAAAGCCCAUUAGAAGACCUCAUUCCGACUCCUGCCUUCUUAGAGCCCCUUAUUUCGGUCAUUUAUUAUCCAAGCAAUUCAAUUUCGAAAUAUCUCGACAGACCCUCUGUUAAUGCUUUAUUACUCGGCCUAGCUCAUGUGCAUAAAAUGUAUUACUACUAUGGAUUCUGGGGUGCUGACAUCACCAACUUGAUGAUGAUGAAUUUAUGUAGGAUAACAGCAGUCUCCAUUAACUACAAAGAUGGAUCAAUACCUAAAGAUCUCUAAGAAAAGUAACUCAAGACAAGAGAGAGAGCAUAUGCAAUCGAUUAAGUACCUUCAUUUUAUGAUUAUUUGGGUUAUUUGUACUACUGUGGCGGUACUAUAGCAGGUCCUUUCUAUGAGUAUAAAGACUUUAUUGAUUUCAUGAACAGAGAAGGGCAUUAUUCGAACAUUCCAAGCACCAUCAUUGCCACUCUCGAAAGACUUUCAAUAGCAAUACUCUUCAUUGCUGUCGUUGGAUUUGUUUCAGACUAUUUUCCAUUCUAUUUUGUGACAACAGAUGAAUUCGCUGCAAUGAGUUAUGGUUCCAUUGCUAGUGGUCUCAGCUACAAUGGCAUAGACAUAAAUAAGAGACCUUUAUUCGAUAGAGUUCAAAAUAUCAGAGUUUGGGAUAUUGAGUUUUCUUACAAAGUUCAUGAAUUCUUCAAUGCCUGGAACAUAUCAGUACAUAUGUGGCUCAAGCAUUACGUAUUUCUGAGGAUGGUAAAGAGAGGUGAAAGAAUUAGUCUAAAACCUAUUAUUACAACCUUUGCUGUUUCUGCAGUGUGGCAUGGAUUCUACCCUGGAUAUUUCUUAUUUUUCAUAUCAUCAGGAUUAAAUGAUUAUUUGUUUAAAUCUGCUGCCAAAAUCUAUGUUUUGUUUGAAUGGAUGCCUUCUUUCCUCUAAAAGUUUCUUCUUUUCUCAUGGUCAUAUUUCUAAUGUGCUUACUGGGGAAUGUGCUUUGUGCUUUUAGAUCUAUCAAACAUUCACAAGAUGCAUUCAGCAGUUCAUUAUUCUUUACAUUUCAUACUUAUUGGGUCACUCUUAUUCAUAAGAUUCUCUGGAAUAAUUCCAUAUUGCAAAAGACUAGAGGAAAACAAGAUUUAGAAAUCCUCUUGA